UAAAUAAACCGAAUAGUAAUAAUAAUGAGAAGAAUAUCAAUAAGAAUGAUAAUAAUUUAAGCUAUUACACAAAAACUGAUGAACAUAAAACUGAGAACAAAGAUGAUAAAGUUAUUUCAAAAAAUCAACCAACUGUUACUCAAAGCAUUACAUCAGUAUCGUUUGUUUCAGGUAGUGAUAAGUAUGAUUCGACUAAGUCAAAUGAAGAUAAAACAUCAUCUAAGAGUACAGUCAGUAAACCUGUAUCAAUGAAUGAUAUUGAAACUCAAAUAGAAAAUUUAUUACAGGAAAAUUUAAAGAAACUGAUUUCGAAGAUUCAGAAAACAAAAACAGAUGAAAGUAAGCAAUCGUCUUCACUACCAUCUUCACCAUCCGAAUCCUCAUCAACACUACCAGAUCAACUGCCUCCUUCACUUGUUAAAAAGGAUGAAAAUUAUUACAAAUAUUAUAGAUCUAAUCAUGACGAAAUGCGGCGUAGACCUAACAAUGAAGAUGAUGAAAGGAAACUACAUGAUAGACAUCAUCAUGAACAUGAUUACCAUCAUGAUAGACGAGAUGACGAACAUAGGUUCCAUAAGCCAGAAGAAUACAAACCUUGGUCAGAUAAGCAUGAACCUCGACCUUCAACUAAGGACAGAAAUAUGCCACCAUCUCAUCAUCAUGACCAUCCGGACUCUCAUUUUCCAUCUCAUCAUCCAUUCCCAUUAGAGUCUGAAAGUGAGUCACACAAUCCGCCAUCAAGAAAUCCAUUUCCCAAGCCAUUUCGACAUCAUGAAUCGUAUAAAAAAUAUCAAGAAAUUCCAUAUAGACCUCGUUCUCAUGAAGAAGAAUUUUCAGAUCGUCAUGUUCAUGAAGAUGAGGAUGAUGAUCGAAAUUCUCACCGGUCCAAAAUACCACCAAAAAAGCCAAAAAGUAUUGUUCAAGGUGUAUCAGCUACUGUCAAUCCUACUCAGCCAUUAAGUGGCAAUGAAGCUAACACUAAAAUUCUGGAUUCUGUAUCAAUCCCACUGACUAUCAAUAUUGAUGACUUAUCCUCUACUGAUUGUCCAUUUACGCCAUGCACAAAAACGUGUCCAGGUGGUUUGUAUAAGCUUAACGAAACUACAGGUUGUGCAACUUGUAAUUGCUGUCCUAGCAUUACCUGUUACAACCAGUGCAUUCAAGGAUAUGAAGCAGAUGAAUAUGGAUGCCCUACAUGCAAAUGCUUAACAUCUUAUUAUUGA